AGAAGAGCCCAUCUGUUUAGCUGAAAAUGGCGGCACUUAUCGACAUGGAAUAUAAAUACAUCAAGUUUCCUCAUUGUAGCUCACUUUCUCAUUAACCAAAAUUAUAUCUGAGUGGAAUUCGUAGGCAAAUGAGUCAUAAGACGUUUAUUAUUGGUUUACAAACCAAGCGAAAAGAUGAGACGACUAUAAAUUUGGCUGAAAACUGGCUGAGAGGGUGUUUUUUUUUUUUAGCCGAGGGCCUUAUGUCAAAUUGGUCAUGUAGUGCACUACAUACUGCGUAGGCGCUAUUAAGACACAUAGCACUGCUGGACAGGUAACAUUCAAUGAAAUGUGUUCAAAUUAAAAUGCUGGGGUAGCUAUUAUACUAGCAAAUAUUAUAUUCAAGUUAUUUUGACCUGAGACAAACAAGGUGAGAUAAAUGAUAUGUUUUCUUUUGGAAUUAUGAAACAAAAAGAUGACUCCAUCUCUUAUAGACACUUACCUGCUAUAAGGAAGAGCCCCAAGAUGGCAAGAACUUGUUGUGUUUAUUUCCAUAAAGUAUUUAUUUUAUUAAUGUCAUUUAAAACAAGCAAUUAGUAUUUUAUAAACCUAAUGCUACUAAUAAUGUAAUAAGAGUGAUUAAAAAAAAAAAGGACAUGGCCAAGUUUCAGAGAGUCUGGAGCAUGGAGAGGGAAACAGAUGUCGCUCUGCAAAUGGAAGAAAAAUCUGUUUCUCUGGAAGAUAAGUGCAAGUCGGAGCCAGCAGUUUUCCAGGAAGAUGAGAUCCCGGACCCACUGAUGACAGAAACGUCCAGGUUUGAGGAGCCAAGCCUGAGAAAGGAUGAUGGGUCGAAAGCUGAGCCAGCUGUUCCUCAGGACAUCUGUCUGGGGUCAGAGGUUGCAGGUCAGAAGAUGGAGGGCUGUGGGUCAGAGGUAUCAGAUCUGCAGAUGGAGAUGAGGAGCCUGCAGCAGGAGCUGGGGAAGUGUCAGAUUGAACUGAAGAGAGUGCAGAAGCAGCUGGACCAAAGUCUCAGGCUUCAGAGGAGCACAGAGAGCUUCAACCAUGAUCUAAGACAGCAGGUUGAGGAGCUGAGCGCCGAGCUUCAUGAGCGGAAGAAGAAAGAGAAGAGUCGAGUGGAAGCGGAGACGCAGACUGAGGACUACACCCAGGUUGAGACAGAUUACAGUUAUUACUACAGUGGAUACUAUCAGGCUGCUGCAGAACCCGCGCUUAACACUGCUACAGAAAUUCAGGAGACCUCUGAUCCUGUUACUACAGAGACGGCAACAGCCAGUUUACCGCAGUCAGAUGACGUGACCAGCAUGGCUGACACAGAGGUGGUUGUCAGCAGCAGCUCAUCCAUAGCAGCAAUGUUGAGAGCCACAGCAGAAGAGGCAGUCUCUCAGACGGGCUUUGUUUUUGAUGAGAGCUCAGGAAUGUACUAUGACCAUUCCACUGGCUUCUACUACGACUCGAGCAGUCAGCUGUAUUAUGAUGCCAACACGGGCAUCUACUACUGCUACGAUCACAACAGUGGGAAGUAUCAAUUCCACUCUCGAAUUGAGCUGUCCACGGUUCAGCUAGGCCAAACUGCCAAUGACCAGGAGAAUGUCAACAAAUGGAAGAGCAAGAGGACCUCAGAGAGGCCAGAGCAUCCAGAGUCCCAGAACCACAGUGGUGUGAAGGAGAGGCCCAAAGCUGUAAAAGAUCAGGAGGAGCACAGCAUGGGAAAGAAGGGUGAGACAGUCACACGGAGAAAAGGACAAUGCUCUCGGAGCAAGAAACGCCUGUCUCGUUCACGGAGCAGGACACGCCUAUCUCGUUCCCGGAGCAGGACACGCCUGUCUCGUUCCCGGAGCAGGACACGCCUGUCUCGUUCCCGGAGCAGGACGCGACUGUCUCGUUCACGGAGCAGGACGCGCCUAUCUCGUUCACUAAGCAGGACACGACUGUCUCGUUCACGGAGCAGGACACGCUUAUCUCGCUCUCGGAGCAGGACGCGCCUAUCUCGCUCACGGAGCAGGUUGCAUAGACAGAACAGGACACGUUCUGAAGACAGGAAAAAGAAGAAGAAGAAGAAAAAGAAGUCACACUCGCACAGGGAUUGGAGCUCACACACUACUAAUAUGGACAGCGAAAGUGAGCCAGAAGAAGGAGAGAUCUUGCCAUCCAGGGCAACGAAGUAUCCUUCAUCAUCAUCCUCGUCAGCAUCUCCGUCUCCCCCUCCAGAUACCUCUCCAGUUUCAUACAGCCCAGAGAGAGACACGCAACCAGUGGAAGAAGGAUGGCCCCCAUGCGUGAGAGUGAUUGUGGUUCGCUCUCCUGUCCUGGAGCCCGGCACUCUUUUCAUCCUCACAGCUGACAACAUCGCCACUAUCGGCCGGGAGAAGGAUAUGGACCAUGCCAUCAGGAUUCCAGAGAUGGGAGUCAGUAAGUGCCAUGCAGAGGUGUAUUUUGAUCAGGAUCAACAGUGUUACAUGUUGGUAGAUCGGGGCAGUCAGAACGGCACAGUGCUCAAUGGCAACAGAAUUUUACAGCCUAAAGUGCGCUGUGACCCUUGCCCUUUAACGCAUGGUGAUGAAGUGAAGCUGGGUGAGACAGUUUUAUCCUUUCACAUUCACAUGGGCUCGGACACGUGCGAUGCUUGCGAACCUGGACAGGUGCGAGCUCACCUAAGCUACCGCCGCCCAGAAGAAAACAUGGGCGUUGUACUGAGUAAGGAGGACAAAGAGGUGCAGAGACAGAGACAGCUCAAACAGAUCAAACUUAAAUAUGGCCUUAAAAACAGUGCAUACGAAGGUGGCAGUGCGUUGAGCAAUAAGUAUAAGGACCGAGCAGAGAACCGGAGGCAGACAGUGGGAAGUGAGGGAACCUUCUACAGAGACGACGCUCCUGCAUCUGUGCAUGUGGAGAUCAGUGACAGGAACAAGGGCCGUCAGAUGUUGGAGCGAAUGGGAUGGAAGAGUGGAGAGGGACUAGGCAAAGAUGGAGGAGGCAUUACCGAGCCUGUGGAGGUGCAGGUUCGGGUGCCUCAGUCCGGUCUGGGCUGUGGAGCGAUUUUUCAGGUGGAUGAGGUUCCAGCUGGCCGGAGUAGAAGGCAGCAGAACUGGGAGCACGCAAGGGAGCGCUUCCAACAUGCAGACCUCAGUAAUGACAAGCCUGACGCGGGAGACGUGCUACUGAGUGACCCGUGAGCCUGGCUUUAAAGUCUGAGGUCAACAAAGAAUGAUUUCUCAUUUUGAGGACACAGCUCCAGAAAUAAACUUGAAUCAAGGGACUUAGUUAAUGAGAGAGUUUACAUUUUACAGUGAAUGUGGAAGAAUUAAAUACAAAAUAAAUUGUAUAUUAAAAGAAUUGUUUGUAUCCAAUGAUUGUAUAGUUUUGUUAAUAAAUGUGUAACACUACAUUCUGCUCUAUAUUUCCCCAAAGAUGCAGAAUGUGGGUCAAUGUAUAAUAACAAUAAAAUGUAAAAUAAUAUUUUAUGUAAUUCUAUAAUACUAUAAUACUUCUCAAAUGCAGCACAAAGCACUGUAAAGUAUCUCAACAUAUGAAUGGAUAUAUAUGAAAGAGCAGUGAUAGGAAGGCCAUCUGGCAUUUUAUAUUGGGAUUGAACAUCAUUUGACAUGUAGUAAGAAUCUAAGAACUAGAAAGUUACAUAAAAACAUAAAAUAUUCCAAUGUAUGAUGUACAAGUACAGCAGUAUUUUUAUUUCAACAUACAGUAAAUACAACAGUAAAGGAUUUGCAGUUUUUAUGGACAGUCCUUUUUUCCUUAAAUUAAAAGUGUGUACUGAAACCCCACUAUGAUGCAAGUUGGGCAGAUUGUUUGACCGGGAGAGAUUCUUGAAUGGCUUCUGUCUUGCCCACCCAUGUGUUGAAUCUAAGGAUUUGCAGAGACUCCCAGACCACUGAAGCUGGAACAAAGUGGACAAGCUCAUCAAGCUGGUAACCAACAUUGAUGUUUCCACAUUUAUAUUGCAUCCAUAAUGGCUGGAGCAUGUUGACCCCAAUGUUCA